AUGGAUUCUUCUUCUUCUUCGGUGGCGAGGAAGAACACCAAAUUGUCCGUGAGAAGAAAACCUAGUUUCAAGAAAACCACGAAUUUGGGCAUGAGGGAACAGACCCUUCUCAAGAAAGCCUUGGAGCUUUCGACUCUAUGCGAGAUCGAAGCCUGUGUACUCCAUUACAGCCGCGACGGAGAACUCAUCCAGACAUGGCCCGAGGAUCAUUCAAAAGUCAGAGACUUGGCCGAGAGGUUUAGCAGAUUAAGCGAUAGAGAAAAACUCAAGAAAAGCUCAAACCUUUUUCAAUUCCUAAACAAGAAGAUGAACGACGAGACGAAGAGAUCCCUCGAGGGUAAAGACGAUGGUAAAUUCUCACAGAGAGUCUCGGAGAUUGAAGCUUCUUUGCAAAAUAUUCAACAUAUAUUACAGGACAGGCGUAGCCGGGUUCUUCAGCCCCAAGAUCAUCAGACCGAGCCAGAUCAAAAUCAAAACUUUAUGGUUCCUUCCUCUGCCUUCAUCUUCUUCACUAUCCAAGGAUCCGCUGACGAAUUUCUCAAACGAUCAGAGCCCUCUUGCGGGUUUGUCCGAUUGUGGGUCCGAACAAAGUUAAGAAGUUAG